AUUGUACAAAUUUGUAUCAACACACAAUUUUAAAUAUGUCACUAAUGGCUAAUUGAUUCGUAAUUUGUACGAUUUUAUAUGUGACGAACUUGUGAAGAAAUUAUUCGUAACAAUUGAGAAGUAAUGUCGUUAUCAGUGAGAAUACGUACGAAGUAAUUUCUUUUCUGAUGGAUUGUGAACAUUGUGACGAAUGUAGUAUUUUCAUAAUAUCGUAAACUAAACAAAAAAGUUAUUGAUUGACGAUUAACGUUACUUAAACUGACUUCACGGUCAUGUAAGUACGCCAUUAAUAUUAUCGUACAAUGCACUUGUACAUUUUCUUCAAACAUUGUUACACUUUAAUGGAACAGUAUAUAUUUAUAAUUAUUUUGAACGAUUAUGCAAAUGCAUAAUAUUUAACGACAUAGUUAUAUUGAACAAAAAUGACAGAUUCUAUUGAUAAAGCAUUGUAUAUGAAUUCUGAUGAAGAAAUAUUCGAUACAUAUUUUCUUGGCUUUGAAUCUUCUAAUAAGAAUAAAGUAAGCAUGCCAUUGACACCAAAAAAGCAAAGAUCUAACGAUAUGGACAUGCUUAUAAAUGCAACAGAACAUAAAUCUUGUGUUCAAAGAACACGAUCCAAGUUGAUUGCAAACAAGAGUCAAUUAACGAAUAAAAACAGUAUUGUAGAUUCAUUAUACAAGUUAUGUAAGCCAGUAUCUAUAAGACUUACAAAAUUAUCCGAGUCAGAAAUAAUGAAAGCCUGUAAUCCAAGUUUGUCUAAAAAAUGUUCAAGUGAAAUUCAUAAUAGACAUAAACAUGAAUGGAAGAAGAAAGAGAAUGUCUUGAGAGCAAGAAGAAAAAAUACUUGCUAUAAUCAGAUGUCAAAUCCAUGUGGCUCGAAUAAUAAUGUUCGGGCUCAAAUUGUAGCAGUUAAUAAGAGACAGACAUUUAGUAGACAUAAACGACAUACGACGAAUAUAUUGAAAAGCAUUAGACAGCCACAGAUAAGACUACAUAAAAUAGACAGGGUGAUUGAUAAAAUAACAAAGUCACUUGCAAACACAACUUCGAAUAAAGUAUUCAUUGCAAAUGAUCAGACACAACAGUUAUCAUUAUGUAACAAUAGGGAUACAAAUCCUAAAAACGAGACAACCGAAAGUUCAAUACUCAACCCAUGUUUAUGCAAAGACACGCAAACCAGUCAUCAGAUCCAGGACAAUAGUAAUAAAGUGCACAAGAUUAAUGAUAAGCAGACAUUGAAACGUAAACCUGAGAUUGUACACGAUAUACAUUAUAAUAGAUGUAGCGAUGAAAAUGUAAAUAAGGACGUAUUUAACGUUACUCUAAGAAGAACAAAAAGAUUCAAGUUAAAUUCGUUAAAGGAGAAUUUGGACACUUUUGUAUCCACUGAAGAGCAUGAAUCGAUUAGCAAAUCACAGGAAAGUAUCAACAAGUUACAGACGGAAUCGAACCAAAAAGAGAAUGUUCCCAACAAAUCAAAUAACUUUUUAAGCAAUCAAGCGAAGAACAUUUCGGAGGAUACAUUCCAAGAAAAUGUUCACAAUGUUGCGGUUGAAAGAAUGGAGGGAGAUUGUGUUUCCAGGUAUGUGCCUUUAGAGAUAGAUUUUGUACAUACCACAGAAAAUAAUGUUUAUUCAAAAUUGCAAGAAAACAAUACUGUAAAUGAGGAAGUACCAAUACUAGAAAGCAAUGAAAUCCAAAAUCAAGAGUAUCAACUAUGUACUUCGUACAAAGAUUUAAUACAAAAAUACAAAUUAUUCACAGACUUAAAGGUCUGUUUGAUAAAAUUUGAUUUUCUGGAAACUUCGUUUAAUAAUAAAUACUCAGUCACAGAAAUUGAGCAAUUAAUGAAAAAAUAUAUUAAGUCUUUAGUUUUUAAGAAUUCUAAUGUUGUACAUACAACUGAACGACCUUUAUUGUUUGACUCGAUCGAGUUUGAAGAUUUUAUCAUUAAAUCUGAAAAACCUGAUGAUUUUAGUGUAACUGAAAGUAUUGCACCUGUACCAGUUAGUGCAAAUAAUUGUCAGAAUGAAAGUGGCUCGAUCACCGAAGAUUCAAAUUUAAAUAAUAAGAUGGAAGCACAGCAGGAUAGAUGUCCAAAAAAUCAAAGUGUUUCCAAAAAUCAUACAACAUCCUGCAAAGAUGUUCUUUCCGAAGAAGAAUAUUCUACAAACGCAUCGUCUUCUCCAGCAAAUAUUUCUACCAAAGGACCUGAAACUUCUACUCUGAUCGAAGAUGCUGUUUAUACAACAACAUCAGAAGGUGUAUCUAAUAAAUAUUCUUUUACAAAAUCCGCUAACAAGAUAUUAAGUUCUUGGACAGAAAAAUUACAGAACACAUGGUCUCGCAAUGAUAAGUUUGAAAAAUUACUUAGCACUGUUAGACUUUUAGAAAAUACAGAUGUCAAUAAACCGAAAUUUGGCAUUGGCAAAAUUAGCGCUUUUAGAGAUGAUAGCUUUAUUUCAGGAAAUAAGAUCUCUCGAUCUAAAUUGCAUUCUAAAAGUAUGAGUUCCGCGAAUUACGAAAUGAAUCUGAACGAAAAAACUAAUUCCACUAAAAUUUUUCCAAGAAAGUGCAGGGAAUUUAUAGACAAGGCAGAUAAUGAUAAAAACAAUAUAUUUUCUGGUAUGUAUAAAUGCAUAUUUUGCGAUAAAAAUUUUAAAAAGUAUCCUGUUCUGCAACAACAUCUAUCUGAACAUACACCAAAACAGAAAACCAUUUCCGCUGGAAAACCAAAAGAAACAGAAUUAUUGCACUCUUCUAAAAUUACUCCGCAAGUGGUAUCAGCGAUUAGUAAAAAUAAACAUAAGAAAAGGUUACAGUGGAGGAAACUUAAAUCUUUGAAGGAGACGAACGAGUGUGAGGAUACUGUUUGUACUAUUUGUUUGCAGAAAUUUGCAUCAAGAGCUGCAUUGGCAGCUCACAUUUAUACGCAUACAGAGAGCGAACUGCAAGAAGCGUAUAAAGUUCAGAAAGAAAAACUGGAAAAAUUACAAGAAAAGCAAGAGGAUAAAAAUGGUAGAGAAUCAGCUAUCGCGAAAGAGAAGAAAACUAGAAACAACGCAAAUGGUAGCAUUAAAAGAUGCUCAAAAAUUGAGAACAAAAAGGAUAAGAAUUGUUCAGAAUUGUCGGUUAAAUAUGUGCAAGAUAGUUCGGUAACGGCACAUUCGGAGAAUAAAAUUCUCGAGCCAGAAAAGCUAACUGAUAAGGAUGAAACGAGCGAACCGAUCAUCUUAAUUGAAAAUGAAUCGAGAACAGUUCAGACGUUUCCUCUGCAAAAUAAGUCGGAGAAAGAGAAAAUUAAUAAAGUGGCUAACGUUAAGAAGAAAUUCACAGUAUGCCAAUGUCACAACAAAUCAGAAGUUAGUUUAAGUUAUUUGCAGAUCGAAGUAAUUCUUCUUUGUCAUGUUUGCAGAGUAUUAUUUCGAACGCUGGAGUGUUUUGAGACACAUUAUCGUCUUCCCGAAUACGUAGCUUGUAAUAAGAACUGUGUGGACAGUGGUCGAUCUCCAAACCUGUUCUGUGCUAGUUGCGGUAUGUCUUGCAGUUCGGCCGAAGACGUGCGCAAUCAUCUAGAAACACACUUUCGUUUUAAGCAAAAUUGUACGAUGGACUUUCGAUGCAACAUUUGCAAGGUUAUGUUCAUCGGAGUUGGAUCCCUUUUUUAUACCCAUUGGUCAAAACAUGCAAAGGAUCCAUUUUGGAUAGCCAGCGAACAUUCGUUCCCAAAAGCUUCGGUGAUACAUUUGAAAUCAAAGAAAGAUACGUUUAUUCAAGUGGCAGAAAACAUCUGUUGCAAAUGUAGGUUACCUUUUAUUACCGAAAGUGAUUUAAAGGAACAUGAACUGGUAUGCAAGAUACUUAACUCGAUUACGAAUACGUGUACUGUACAGAAGCAACCAACGUUACGCUUGAUUUGUAGUUUAUGCGGUGGUAUUUAUUUUGAUAAGGUAGAAUUAUAUAAACACAUGAGAACCAAACACAAGUUUGGCUUCACGCCUCAAUUCAUAUGUCUGACUGUCGCGAUGUCAAAGAAAAUAUACAUUUGCAGUAUUUGUAUGGAAGCAAACAACAAUAUGAACAAUUUCGAAGAACAUUGGGUUGUACAUAAUACGAAUCACCCAUAUUUCCUUUGUACGUAUUGCGAAACGAAUUUUAAUACUUUGGACUCUUACCUAGAACACGCCAAAGGACACGAAUCCAAAAUGAAAGAAGACAUGCUCUCUUGUAGAAUAAACUAUCGGAAAUGCGAAUUUAUUUGCGAACCCUGUAUUAUUGGUUUCGGGUCUAAAAAAAGCUUGACCGAUCACCAGCAAGCUCAUAAAGUAUCGCGUCAGUCAAUGAAACCUAUGAAUAACGAGACAUUAGGUCAGAGAAGUUCUGCAUCGACUCCAGAAACAAACAAUGUUUCUAAUGAAAAGGAAGAAGAGAAAUCUAAGAAGAAUGAAGUAAACGUAGUUGCUGAGAAAUCCAGCAGAGAUAUCGAUAAGGAAAGAUUAGUUAAUAUAUUGGAAGGAAACGAAGAGGAUUCCGAGAAUGAACUAAUAAUAGACUUGACGGACAAUUCAACAGAAGUUUGUGACAAAUUGACGAGGAAAGACAAAACGAAAGAAAAACAAAUUGCGUCUACUCCUGCAUUAAACGUGUUAUCCGAUCCGCGAACAUGUAUGAUUUCUAAAGAUACCGAAGUUGGUGCAUUAGUUAAAAACACAGUAAAGCAGAAACCUUUGCAGAAUGUUGUAACAACUUCAGCAGUCUCCGACCAAGUAACCCAGAGCUUAACAAACGUGACAGGUGUUUUACCUUCCAAAGAUACAGUAACUUCAACAUCUUCACAGAACAUUGCUUCGAAUCAGAAAACAUCCGAAAGUAAUGCUCAAGUAAACGAUACCAAUAAUUUACAAUCUGUUACACCGGUGAACAAAGAUAGUUCGUUAACGACGGAUGCUCCCUUAAAACCAAAGCAAGGUCUCUUACGCGUGAAAACUAUCGCGGAACUUACAGAGAAAACAAAUCCUAUAUAUUCGUGUUACUCUUGUAAUUGUUCUUUUAAAUGUUCCGACGAUAUUAUGCAACAUUUGAUCAUGCACGCGACCCAAAGUCAACAAAUCGAACAGAAGAAAGCUAGGAAAAGCAAUCCAAUUCCUUUGCAAAUAGUAAACGAACCAGGCGGAACCAGUAACUUGGUUAAAAUUGCAUCGACGCAUCAAAAUCGUCCAGUUUAUCAAAUACCAGUAACCAGCGCCCUGGAAUCUACAAAAUCUCACAACGCAACAAUAAUCGAGAACCAACAGUUGCAAUUGCAAUCGAACACGAAUCGAAAGGAAUAUUCGCACUCUUCUGUGCAAACUUUGCCACCGGCGUAUCAUAAAAACUUACCACCUUGUAACAUUGUCCAAAGAAUGGUCGUACCGCGGUCUUCGAUUCAGAAGAAAGGAGUUACCAUAAGAGCAGUAACACAAAUACCGCCUUCGGCAACUUGUUCCGACAUUCAAUAUCAAAACAGUCAGAAGCACCAAGAAACAUCCAGAAGCAAACCUAAUUUAAACUCGACUACCUUGGCAUUGCCACAGUUGCAAGCAGUGUCUAUGAUCACUUCAAAUAAUAGUAAAUACCAAAACAAAUGCCAAGUCCGUCCUGAAUACAAUGCAAACAAUGUAACAAGAGUGUUUCUACAUAAAUCACAAUUUCCUCGCAAAGAACAGCAAAUGAAGAACGAGGCGGUAGUAAGUAAACGCUACGUUGGCAAUCCGGUAACAACGAACAAAGUUAAUUUCACGAGUAACGGGCAAACCUUGAAACAAGGUCUACUGCAACCUACUCUGAAUCAGUCAAGAGCAAACACAGUUACCACAACAGUUUUACACGAAAGUCCCAGCUUUGCUACAAACGAUCCGAAUAACUACAAUCAAAUGCCUGUACAAAGCCAACAAAUGGUACGUGAUCGAUCGGUAGUGGAAAAUACUACCACUUCUCAACAGUAUAAAAAUUCCACGUCUGGCGGAGUGUUGAUAGUUCAAACUGCACCUUCUAUAUCAAAUAUAUCAACGAUCAAUGUAUUGCAGCAACAAGUACAACAACAUCAACAACAACAACAACAAACAUAUCAACCAGUGGUUUAUAAUAAUUCUAUAGUAACUAUGGAUCCAUACAUGCAACAAUCGCAGAGCGUAAUUAAUUAUACCGGAUCGAACAAUUACGAGGUGGUGUCUAAUCGGUAUGUGGCUCCAACUGACGAAGACAUUGUAAUCUAUGACGCUAGGGAACAACUUUCAAGGCAGUUGAUUUGUUCUUAUUGCCCUACACCUGUUUCCUUUGUUUCUAAAGAAUCGUUUAAUCUACAUAUAAAUCAGUACCAUAAAAUUGUAUGCGAUAUUUGUGGUGUGACUUUGUAUAGCUUCAACGAACUGAAUAUUCAUAGAUCUAAACAUCAGUUUAUCUAAGAGACGCAUAAAUUGUAGAGUAUAGAAACAGAUUGCGAUAGAACCGAUAUACAGUGCUUCCGCGUUAAAUGUGCGUUACUCGGGACCGAAGAGGUACAUUUAUCGGAAGGGCACAACGUUCUUCGUGUUUUGCUGCUCGUGCUGCGGGGCUGAAUCCAAAAAGAGAUUAUCGUUAGGAAUCUUAUUUUUAUCUGUUUUUAUUGGAGCUCGUAAGGUGAAAAUUUUGUCUGUUAAAUGUCCCAUAACUUAUGUUUUAAAUAGAACUUGUUUAAAAGUUUCAGACUUUUCGAACGCGACUUUAUUGCGCAGACGCGAACGAGAGUGGAUGUGGUGGGAGUAGUUGGACGAUAGAGGGAGCAGCGCGUGGCGCAUUAGUCCGACAGCUCUGCAGCGGUAAGGUUGUGUCGAUGAGGUGUGCGAGGUGUGUGUGAAAAUGGUUCAGGCUCGUCUUAUUUUAAAGGUAAAUAAAGAAUUAUUGCUAUUUGCCUUAUACGGAAAUACAAUACUUGCGGAGAACUGAAAAUUUACCAUACUUUCAUAACCGCGGCACUUCGGUCCCGAGUUUCGUUCAAUUGUUCAAUCAUUGCUGUAUAGUCGUACCCUGAUUUAAAUUUUCGCGGCUUAGUAGCGACACACUAGACAUUUGUUCGAAUAAUCAGAUUCUUAUUCACGUGCUUCGUUGUAUAUAUAUUUAACUAUAAUUAUAACUAUACGCUAAACUUUAGCUCCCUAGUCGCUUUUACUAUGGAAAACCUAUUUACCUCGUGUGAAAUGUUUAUCUCAACUUAAGUUAGCUAUUCUGGAACUAUUUAGUACGUAAAUUCGGGGUACGACUGUACUUGAAAAGAAGAAACGUUUCAAAUUGGUAUGUUUUAACAGAAAUUGCUCUGCUCUUUAAAUACGGUUCUCGUCUCCAACCGAAUGCGAUUCAAAAAGUUAACUUUAAUAUUAACGUAUUCAUAUAUGAACAUAGUUACGUAUUCAUAAGCGCCAUAUACACGAAUAAUGUAGUUCAUGUAGUUAUUUGGAUAGAAUCUCUUAUACGGGUUGUUCAGUAAUUCGUGUAAAUACUCGAGUAGUUGAAUCUAAAGUAACUAAGUGUGAUAUUGUUUAUAGAUUCAGCUCUUUAAGUAUUUGCAUGUAUUUAUAAAAUACCUUGUAUAUCCUGCUAUGUUUCUACGCAAGAGAACCACGAUAGAAAUUUGUAUAAACUUGUGGCCUAUUUGACCUUGUUUUUAAGUUGUUCAUUGAAUCUUGUAUUUUAAUUCUUUAAAUGCUUCCUGUGAACAUCGGAGUACUAGGUGAUAGAUUAUUGACAAAUAGAAGAUGAGACAGCCACUGGUAGGACGUCUUCAGGCUUACGUUUAGAUGCAAGGUGGUCAUUGAAAACCCAUUGUGAAGGUAAAUAGGUACAAUGUGUUCAAGAAGAAACUAGCUAUAGCAUUUGUUACUUUUUUUUUUUUUUUUUUUGUAGAACCUUCUCUGUUACGAUAUAUCGAAUGAAGUGUGUUUUGCAUACGUAUGAUGUGCGUGUGUGAUUAUCGUUUACAUUACGAAUUAAGUAAUAUAAUAAGUAACGUAUGCAAUAAUUUUUGUACAUAUUUAGUAAGAAAAAGUCACACGACCUGGGUGGUCUCUCUGUUUGUUUAAUCGUCGAUUCUCUUUUACUGUUUCUAUUUUAAGAUAAUUUUAGUUACGCAAAGAGUAAUUUUUUAAAUUCGUUUGAAACGUUUUCCUGAAUUUACGAAACCCAUUGGUAUUGCCUAUGUUUGUUUUAAAACAUAUUUAAUGAGUAAUCGAACAAUAAAUAGGACGUGUAAAUAGUAUGCGUUGAUCGAAAACGAAGUACUGUUGCGUAAUAUCUGCGAUGGAUAUUUUUGUAUUAUACUAAAGUGUUCGUACAGUGAUUGUUAUCAUGUUCACUCAUUAACUUGUAUCUGUCAGCACUCGAUAGGCUGUCUUGCGCGAUCAAACCGUUCAAAGAAUUUCGCAACAGACUACGACACUCAAAAGUAUUCCUGCUAAGAUUUUAUACAAACCAUGUGUCUAUUGUUUAUGUUCCCAUUUUAAUUAUAAGUAACAAUUAUUUGCAUUAUCUUAUAUGCGAUUUUAAAAUCUUUCAGAAUUCAAUUAACACGUUAAACGACGUA